AAUUGAGUAUGCCGCUUUUCAAAGUGCGUUCACCGUCAACAAGAUCACCAAUGAGUGAAAAAAAAAUUAACGGUACGCAUCAGCAUCAGCAUCAGCAUCAGCGUCAGCGUAAUCAGCAAAGUGGUGAUAACGAUCAUGAAGAAAUCGCUACCAAUGUAACGAAUAAUAAAGAAGGAGGAAAUAUGUCUAAUCAAUCGCAAGAACAUCGUUCCCAACGAGUUUCUCAAUCUUCAUUGGUUUUUCAUUGUCAAUUGGCACAUGGUAGUCCCACGGGCCUUAUAUCUGGAUUCAGUAAUGUCAGAGAACUUUAUCAAAAAAUAGCCGAAUGUUAUGAAAUUCCAGUGGAAGAAAUUCUAUUUUGUACUUUGAACACUCAUAAAGUGGAAAUGUCUGAAUUAUUGGGAAGUCAAAUUGGCGUUGGUGAUUUCAUAUUCGCACACAGAAAAGGUAGACCCAAAGAGAUAGAAUUAAUGAAAACUGAUGAUGCAUUGGGACUUACUAUUACCGAUAACGGUGCCGGAUAUGCUUUUAUAAAACGUAUAAAAGAAGGAUCUGUGAUAGAUAAAAUAAAAGUCAUAGAAGUUGGGGAUCAUAUUGAAAAAAUUGAUUCAAUGAGUUUAAUCGGAAAACGACAUUUUGACGUAGCCAAAAUUUUAAAAGAUAUACCUAAAGGAACGACGUUUACAUUAAGGUUAAUAGAACCACAAAAAAAUGGCUUUGGAAGUAUUGGACCACGAGGGGAUUUGAAAAAAGGAAAAAAAUCUGGUUAUGGUACUGGUAAAGAAACAUUAAGGUUCAAAGCAGAUGGAAGCGCACAAAUUGUAGAAUAUGUGAUAGAUGACGUUGCCAAGAUUGCAGUAGGAAAAAUUAAUACGAUAUUGGAGAACUUUAUGGGAAUUUACGAUACUGAAUUAGCUACGCAAAUUUGGGAACUUGCCGAUGGUAAAUUCAACAGCAUUGAUUUUGCCGAAGCGAUAGAUAAUUCCGAUUUGGAAGCUUUCGGAUUUACAGAUGAUUUUGUCAUCGAAUUGUGGGGUGCGAUUACCGAUGCUAGAGCUGGACGACAUCGAUGAUAAAAUAUAAUUUUACAAAAAGUACUUCUAAGAUAAAGAUUUCGAAAAAUUAGUACGAGGAAUAUAUUUUAAUAUAGGAGAUAUAUUUUUGUAUAAAAUAUUGAUUAUUUGUAUUGCGUAAAUUAAUUAAGCUGUACAGAGACCUGUAUUAUAUUCCAUAUGUCGCAUAA